ACCUGUUCACAGUUCACUUCCGGUGUGCUGGCCGAGCAGAAAGUUAUCAUCAUGGGGGGAACCGGUAGCACGAGACGGUUAGUCGUUGAAGAACUUGAUGGCGAUGGUGUUGUCAAGAUAUCAGAAUCUGUUGUACGAAGAUUGAAAGGAGAAUCAGAGCCAGAGGGAGCUUCAAGCAGCCAAUCUAAGAGUGCACCACGUCCAGAGCGGGUGUACAUGCCGCCUCCUCCACCUCCUCAGUUUGGCCAAGCCAGGAUAGACUCCAAAAAAGCAGUUCAGGAAGUAGAGAACUUCUACCAGCAGAAGCUUAGACAGCUAGAGGAAAGAAAUGCAACACUACAGAAAAUAACAAAUGAGCAGUUUGCCAAGGCAGUCCAAGAGGUUGAACAGAAGUUUUUGAAACAGACCGGUUCCCCUGUGUGUCAGGAUCUGCAGAGUCGAGUAUACAACUGUUACGUGGACAACCCUAAAUAUACACUCAGAUGUUCAGCUGACGUCAGAGCAUUUUCAUUAUGUGUAGAGAAAGCUAGACAGAAUGCCUUAGCAAGGAAGGGCUGAUGCAGCAAUCAUGAGUGCUUAUUUGUUAAGACCAGUGUGUGUGCUUUGUAAAAGCCUAGAUGUCCGAGGUCCUACUAUUUUCGAUUUCACAUUGAGAACACUACGCUGAUGGUUCAUCCAUUAACAAACACACUGCUUCAAGUGUGUACAAGAGGACCUGGGAUCUUUGAAUACAAGGAUGUUAUGUAUCACAGAAGAAAUUGUGCCUGGUACAUUAAAAAGUACUCUGAAUGUAGUGAUAUCUGAUACUUGUAAAUAUUUGUUAUUCAUCAUAAAAGGUUUGUGCCAUUAUAUCAAAUACAUGGGAA